AAUUGAAGAAGGGUGGCACAGAUGAGCUGAUGGCAGGUGACCAGAUCCCAUCCCGCAUAUGGUGUUAACGGAAACAUACGCCCUCCAUAGAAUCCGAUUGCAUCAGGAAACCGCCUCCACCGCUUCUAAUUUCUGCGGAAGGGAGAAAGAGAGACUUCUCUUCCGGUGAGCAGUGAGCGAUGGCUUCAACUGCUUGUGUCUCGGGGCCAAGCUCUCUGUCCCACUUCAAAAGGAGAGAAAAAGGAGCCACCUUUUUCCACCAAAAGGCGCUUUUUUGGGCUCGUGGAGCCUUGAGGCCAUCGCCCAGGGAUCUGCUCUUGAAGAGCUCAUCAUAUGGGUGGAGGAGGAGGCACUCCCUAACCCGCAUCAGACCCUUCUCCCCUGUCAUGCAGUGGCAGGAGUGCAGCUCUGAGAUUGAAGUUGAUGUUCCAUGUUCAGUAGCGUAUGACUGUUAUUCAGAUCGUGAAACCAUUCCACAAUGGAUGCCAUUUAUAUCAUCUGUCAAGAUUUUGCAAGAUAAGCCUGAUCUAUCACGCUGGUCACUGAGAUAUGAGGUAUUUGGUCGUGAUGUUGAAUUAUCUUGGCUUGCUCGAAACAUGCAGCCUAUUCCUAAUCAGAAAAUCCACUGGCGAUCUCUGGACGGUCUUCCCAACAGAGGUGCUGUUCGAUUUUUUCCUAAAGGCUCAUCCUCCUGCAGAAUACAAUUGACUGUUUCAUAUGAAGUUCCUGAAAUUUUAAUUCCAGUGGCAUCGGCACUGAAACCUUUCCUUGAAGGGUUGCUUGCACGUGGCUUGGAGCGAUUUGCAAUCUUUGCAAAAGAAUACCAAAGAAAGAUCCCCCGACAUUAACCUGCAAGGAGCUGCCUUAUGAAUUCCAUUGUUUGACAGUAAUAAUGCUAUACUAAAAAUAGCAGCUAAUUUGAUUAAAAGGCAUGAAUGCAUGCCUUCCAAUUUGAAGCAAAUGAGAUAUGAAUCUCAAUUCAUCAAGAAGUUUGACAUUAAUGGAUAUUUUUUAUUCUGAUUUACCUUGAUUGAUCUUAUAUCUGAUCACUUGAAUAUCCGGAUUAUUUCUAGGACUAACCCAUAAUAUCGAUCUGUCAGGAAAAUCAGAAUAUCAUGCACGGUAAUCUGGUCUCUGGCGAUGAUCAUGACCUUGAGUGCUUAUCUAAAUAUAUGCUGACAUUGUUU